AUGUUACUAAAGCUCAUCUGCUUCUUCCUCUGCGUUCUGAUUGCACCAUAUCUCACAGGUGAAGAUGCUUUGUUGCCAGCACCUCAGAAUAUCUCUAUUCUUUCUACCAACAUGAAACACUUCUUAACUUGGAGUCCUGUGGUCAUCCAGCGAGAAACUGUGAGAUACUCUGUUGAGUUUCAGGGGGAGUAUGAACGAGAGUAUGCCAAUGAGAGCUGGAUUCGCAUCUGUGAAUGUUCACUCAUCACAGCCACAGUGUGUAACAUCACAGAGGAUAUCUCAGCCACUGUGGCCUAUAAACUGCGUGUAAGAGCAAAUGUUGGUGCUAGAAGAUCAGAGUGGGGCACCCUGAAAGGUUUCUUCAAUCGCAUCACAACUUCCCUGACCCCACCUCUGAUGAAGGUCAUAGCAGAUGGGUAUCAUUUACUAGUGGAGCUGGAAGACAUGGGGCCUGCCUUUCAGUUCUGUGUUCUCUAUUGGAAGAAGGGCCAGGAGAGUAGGAUGCAGCAGAAAGUGGUGAAAGAGGUCAGCUCCAUGGUUCACCUGGACACCAUGGAGGCAGGACUUGAUUAUUGUGUAAAGGCUCAGACAUACGUCGAGGCGAUCAACAGAAGCAGCGACUUCAGCCAGACACAGUGUGUAAGGGCACAAGGUGGCACGUCCAUGUGGCUGGUUAUUGCCCUCAUCUCCUUUGCUGGCUUUGCUGUGGCUGCUUUGACCCUGCCCUUCCUUGCCUGGAAAACAAGUAAAACCUUUCAGUAUUCCUGCGGCCCAGUUGCUGUCCUGCCAGACACACUGAAAGUGUCAGAGCCCCCCACCCAGCUGAUACUGUGUGGCAGUGAAGAAGCUGAGCAAUGUGAUCUGAUGGUGCGUGUGAUGCCCUCAGAAGAAGUUCUCCGACUGUGGAUUCAAGAAACACUUUAG